AUGGGGCCUUCUGGCAGAAUGUCCAAAUCUUGCUCGGCGAAUGUUAUCCCGGCGUUUCUUGUACACCAUGCCUCCAAAGCCUGCUGCUCCCGGGGCGGCAGCCGGCAAGAAGCGCCGAUCGAAAUCCCAGCCUUCUGUCCCCCACUGACACCCUUCUGUGGGCCUUUUGCUUCCUUCUGUGGUGGUGGGCUUGGAACCGAAGGUGAAGCUGGAGGUGGCGGCGGCGGCACUGGUUGUGGUUAUGGUGAUGGAGGCGACAGUGGAGAUAGUGGUGACGCCGGCGGAGGAGGAGGAGGACCUGGUGGUGUCGGAGGCGAAAUUUGUGGCGGCGGUGGCACCGAGGCUUGCGUUGGAGGCGAAGGUGAUGGCGGCGAGGGUGGCGUAGGCGGUGAAGGUGGCGGGGGCGGCGGCGACGAUGGCAGCAAAGUAGGAGGUGAAGCUGGAGGUGGCGGCGGCGGCACUGGUGGUGGUGAUGGUGAUGGAGGCGACGGUGGAGCUAGUUUUGACGCCGGCGGAGGAGGAGGAGGAGGACCUGGUGGUGUCAGAGGCGAAAUUUGUGGCGGCGGUGGCACUGAGGCUUGCGUUGGAGGCGAAGGUGAUGGCGGCGAGGGUGGCGUAGGUGGUGAAGGUGGCGGGGGCGGCGGCGACGAUGGCAGCAAAAUAGGAGGUGGAGGAGUUGCGUCUUGGUCUGCAAGAGGAGCUGCUGCGAAGAUUACUGUGAAGCCUCGAAAGAGAAGAAGAAGAAGAAAGAAACGCAGUGGUUCAUGUAAUGCAACCAUUUUCAUCAACCCAGAAUUUAAGCCACUUCAAUAA